ACAGGAGACAACUCGAUGUGUCCACUUCCUAUCUCUUGCCCGUCGACGGCCUAAUCCACGAACCAAUUAAAGCUUCCUCUGGUGUAAAAUAAACCAAAAUGCUCAUUGUAUGCCACCGAAGGUCUCCGACGGGAAAGGAGACAAAAAAAGAUUUUCGAGUCAGCCUCUUCUAUUUCUUCGUCUGCGUGCUUCUCUUCUUCUCCUUCACAGCAAUUCCAUAUUCUCAUUUAUAACCGCGAAUGAUAUCAACAGGAGUGCGAUUCAAGAUACAAGUAGGUUGGGUGACUUAUUAUUGUGCCAGGUCCAAGAUUGCUGAUUUGUUACGGUAGAUUCAUCUGUUUGCUUGAUUUGCUCAAAAAGGAAGGCCAUCUCGGUCACCAAAUGAUACAAGCCGAUCACACCAGCAUGACCGAGAAAGGGGAUUUUGAAGCAAGUCCAGACGUUGUAAUUGACUCUCAGGAGGCAACCCCCAAAGAAGGUAGUCUUACAGCAUUAUCAAGACAUGCGACGGUUCCCGAUGGUAAAGAUCCAAGUAUUCCUCCAGAUGGGGGAUUGACAGCAUGGAAGCAGGUCCUGGCAGGACAUUUGAUAGUUUUGAUCACCUGGUUAGUCCGUCUGCUCUUAGCUUCUCAGUUGGUUUCCACGAGAGCGCCAACACAUCUUACUCUGCAAACAAACGAUGAAAUCUUGUUAACUUGGUGUAGGGGUUUCAUGAACGCAUUUGGAGUCUUUCAAACUUACUACGUUGACUUCCUUGGUCGCUCUGAAUCGGAUGUUUCAUGGAUCGGAACCAUCCAAAUCUUUUUGACGUGGUCAUUGGGUACAUUCACAGGUCGUCUUACCGAUGCAGGCUAUUUUCGUUCAGUCUUCAGUGAGUAAAGUUUCUUCUGUUCUUACAUGUGUUCCACGUCGCCUGAACUAGAGGUUAGGACUCAGCGUUUAAAUAAUACCUCAAUGCCUUUCCCCUCUCCAAGAAUGAUAGGUCGCUAAUUUGAGGCAGUAACUGGAAGCGUGUUCAGUGUUCUCGGCUUGUUUAUGGCAUCUAUAUCAACCCAGUACUGGCAAAUAUUCCUCGCUCAGGGAGUUUGCUGCGGUGUCGGUAACGGAUUUCUUUUCUGUCCAAUGUUGGCAGUAGCAUCAACGUAUUUCUCCAAGAAGAAACCUAUUGCGAUAGGUAUUUGUGCUUGUGGUGGUGCCACGGGUGGAUUGAUCUUUCCGGCAAUGGUUCAACAACUGAUCCCCUCAGUUGGUUAUGGAUGGACCAUGCGCGCUAUGGGCUUCGUUGCUUUAGCCUGUUUGGUGAUCUGUAAUAUUCUAGCCAGACCAAGAUUGCCGCCUCGGGAAACGGGUCCAAUUCUCGAGCUCAAUGCUUUUACGGAGCUACCUUACGCCUUGUUCGCAAUUUCAAUGUUUUUCGUUUUCUGGGGUAUUUAUUUUGCCUCAUUCUACCUGGGCUCUUUCGGUGUUGCAAUCAUCAACAUACCCGAGAAGGAAUCAAUCAACCUGCUACUGGUUCUGAAUGGUGUUGGUAUCAUUGGUCGUACUUUACCUGCAUUUGUGGCAAACCAAUAUGCUGGCCCUAUGAACGUUCUCCUUCUAGUUACCAUCGCCUCAUCUAUAUGUUCUUAUGCGAUGAUUGGUGUCAAAUCACGAGGAGGCUUUUAUGCCUGGACUGUCAUCUAUGGUAUCGUAGGAAAUGCCGUUCAAGGAAUGUUUCCAGUCGUCUUGGGUAGCUUGACAGCGGAUAAAGACUCGAAGAAGGCUGGAGUCAGGAUGGGAAUGAUGUUUGUAAGUGGGCCCAUACUUUUCACAGAAAAUAGACAACUGACCUCCUUAGACAAUUGUCAGUUUCGCUGUGUUGACAGGCCCUCCAAUCACGGGUGUAUUGAUUACCAGCGACAAUGGCCGCUAUGUACAUGCACAAGUCUUCGCCGCUUCAUCUAUGCUACUUGGAUUCUUCAUACUCUGCGGGGCUAGGUUUGUGAGAGGUGGCAAAACCGUUCUUUGCAAAAUUUGAUCGCGCGUUGUGAGCCUCCUAAUAUUAAUCAAGGAGCAGAGCUGUCUGUUGUGGUAAUGAAGAGCAAAAGAGCGAUAUAGACUCUGAUGGAAUGGUAACAGAGAGAACC